AUGACUUUCCCUCCUCCCCCUGUUAGCACAAUCGACUGGAGUGACAUUGGCUUCAAAUUCCGUGAAGUCAACGGUCACAUCGAAUCCCACUACUCAGUUAAAACCGGCCAAUGGACCCCUCCAAAAUUCAUUACCGAUCCCUACCUCCGUCUUCAUGGCAUGUCCCCCGCUCUCAAUUAUGGCCAACAAGCAUACGAAGGCAUGAAAGCUUUCCGCACUCCCGGAGACUCCUCCAUUACCAUUUUCCGUCCUACCAAAAAUGCCGCUCGUCUAGCCCACUCUGCAGAAUUCAUCUCCAUUCCUCCUGUUCCUGAGAAUGUCUUCAUGGACUGUGUACAUGCUGCUGUCUCUUUGAAUGCAGAAUAUGUACCACCUCAUGAAACAGGCGCUGCCAUGUACAUCCGACCUUUGAUCUUUGGUUCCAGUGCUCAGUUGGGAUUGAGUCCCCCAGAGGAAUAUACUUUCUGUGUUUAUGUCCUCCCAGUAGGCGUUUACCAUGGUGUACACCCAGUGAAGUGCUUGAUUCUCGAAGAAUUCGAUCGUUCUGCACCACACGGAACCGGAAGCGCAAAAGUGGGAGGAAACUACGCGCCAGUGUUGAGAUGGAGUGAUAAAGCCAGAAACGAGGGAUAUGGUAUAACAUUGCAUUUGGAUAGUCAAACGCGCAGCGAAAUCGACGAAUUUUCUACAAGUGGAUUCAUUGGCGCGAAGAAGGAGGGAGAUUCCAUUACAUUGGUGGUACCGGAUAGUAAGAAUGUUAUUGCUAGUGUAACAUCUGAUAGUAUCUUGGAAAUCGGAAAGAGUCUUGGGUGGAAGACGGAAGUUCGCUCGAUCAAAUACGAAGAACUCCCCACUUUCACCGAAGUAAUGGCCGCCGGGACUGCCGCUGCUCUUGUCCCAAUUCGCUCCAUAACUCGUUACUCCGAUAACAAAACUACAGAAUAUAUCCCUUCAUCCUCCGAAGAACCCGGUGCUAUCUGCGCGAAGCUUCUCACCACCCUUAAGGGAAUUCAAGCAGGAAAGCUCAAGGAUACAUUUGGCUGGAAUAAAAUUGUUGAAAAAUUGGAUGUUAAGGACUUCACUCCAGAGGCAAAUGAUACCAAUGGUUUGAAUGGAAAUGUGGAUGAAUUGCCUUAG